GUCACAAGUCAACAAAUUACACUAUAACCCCUAAAAUAAAUCAAAAUGCCUCUCGAUUACCGUAGAUUUAACGGCCCAGAAGAUAGUGUAUCCUACAAACGUUUCACAAAAGACUAUUUAAAAACCUACGACGAACUGCAUAAAGAUUUAAUAAACGAAAAAGGCUCACGGAAAGAUGGGCGCGCUCUAUCCGAAGCCCGAAGCAUGUUUGCGAGAACAGAUAUGGUGUCUCAAGCAAAGGGGUCGGCGUAUGUAGAAUUGAAGAAAACUAAAGUUGUGUGUUCCGUUUUUGAUCCAAGAGAAAUACCACAUCAAAACGAAUUUAGCCAACUGGGGCAACUGUAUUGUGAAGUGAAGUUUGCUCCAUUCUCGUGUCCCCGCGAACGCCGACCGCACGCGCCAGACACCGAAGAAAAGGCAUUGUCUGUAGCUCUGAGACAGGCACUGGAACCUGCAGUCUGCAGGCAUUUGUUUCCUAAUUACCAGAUUGAUGUUUUUGUCUACAUUUUGGAACAUGACGGAGCCUGUCUAGCUGCAGCCAUCAACGCCGCAGGCCUAGCAUUAGGAGACGCUGCUGUCCCUAUGUACGAUAUAAUCACUGCUUGCUCCUUAGCUGUCAUUGGAGACAAGACAUUUAUUGAUCCCACUGAGGCUGAAGAACAUGUGGCCAUAAUGAGUCCAGGGAACAAUACUAACCACGGAAAUGUGACCAUGUCAAUGUUAUCAGGGUUGAAACAGAUAUCGGACUUCAGAUUAACGGGCUCUAUGGAUGUAGAAUGUACGACAAAUGCCAUGGAGGUUUUAGAAAAAGAGUGUGAUAGAAUUGUUCCGAAUAUACAGAAGGUUCUUGUUGUAAAUGUGGUGAACCGUUUGAAACAACAGGCGGUUCUAAAAGAGGAGGCUAAGAAGAGGGAAGUAUCGUUGAAUGUUAAGAUGGAGGAGUGGAAAUCAUUAUUAAACGCUGGAUGAAGUUUAGACUUUUAUUUGGAAGAGCUGCAUAUUGAGAAGCAAGAUAUUAGCUGCUCAGACGGGCUGUGCUUUGAUCCCAGAACUAUGUUAGCCAUAGGGUCAUCGCUACGUAUUUUGAAUGUGUCAGAGAACAAGCUAACAGAUGUUUUAUGGGCUAAACCACUUCGCCGAUUGGAAGUCCUCAUUGCCAAGAAGAAUAACUUAGACGAUUUUACCGAAGUUGCGGAUGGCCUUUGCACGUUGGUAUCACUAGUAGAUGUGAAUUUCUUAGGCAAUCCAAUGACCAAAAGGCAUCGAUAUAAAGAAACAAUUAUAGCAAGAUGUUCACAAUUACGAGUCUUAGAUUCUGUGGUUUUGCACACCACGUCGAAAACUUUCCUCCGAAGUUUUGAUAAAGCCCUGCGACUACGUCAAAUGCAUGAAAAGAAUAAAAUUAGUAUGACACAACAAGGUGCGGACGAAUUCAUGGAGCUUAAUAUGUUACCGGGACCCCGAGCUCGUAGCGCUAUCACUAUAUCGGAAACAGAAACGAACCGGAAAUCUAAUGUGACUGUGCUCGACGCUACCAGCAACUUCAUGCCACGCAAUCUAUGGAACAGGACACUACUAUCCCCUAGCGAAACUAUAGCUCCUCCGAGUGAAGCACCGAAAAGAAAAGAAUUUUUUUCUGACUCGUAUGAACAACCCAUUAAGGGAAUUUUGAAGAAACCCAUGCCUAUGAAAUAUAUUUAAUAAUUUCUACUACUCAUUCAAAAAUUAAGUUAUUAAGUUACUACUUAAUGUAAUUGGAUUUUUUAAUGGUUUUAUAGUGUUUUUUAUUUAUACAACAAUAAAAUUAAUUUACAAGAAUCCAAACUAGUUCCGAUUAAAAAAAGAACUGUCAAU